AAACACUUGAAGUGAAUAAAGCAAAAAAAAUUUUUUUGUGAAAUUAAAGAAAUUACUGAAAAAAGUGCUUAAAACCUAUUUGAAACAAUUAAUUAAGGAUAUAUUGAUAGUAUUUGAAGUCUAAAUAAAUCAAGAAAGAUGCCUGAUGCUGAAGUUUUCCAGUUCCAAGCUGAAAUUGCUCAGCUUAUGUCAUUGAUCAUCAACACCUUUUAUUCAAACAAGGAAAUUUUCUUGCGUGAAUUGAUCUCAAAUUCAUCUGAUGCUUUGGAUAAGAUCCGUUAUGAGUCACUUACUGAUCCAUCAAAAUUGGACUCUGGCAAGGAAUUGUACAUCAAGAUUAUUCCAAAUAAGGAGGCUCGCACCUUGACACUCAUCGAUACUGGUAUUGGUAUGACGAAAUCUGAUUUAGUCAAUAAUCUUGGAACAAUUGCACGUUCUGGAACCAAGGCUUUUAUGGAAGCUCUCCAAGCUGGUGCUGACAUUUCUAUGAUUGGUCAAUUCGGUGUUGGUUUCUAUUCAGCAUACUUGGUAGCCGAUAAAGUUACUGUAUACUCAAAGAAUAAUGAUGAUGAACAAUACGUUUGGGAGUCAUCUGCUGGUGGUAGCUUUACAAUUGCUGUUGAUGACGGUGAAGAUUUAGGUCGUGGUACAAAGAUUGUAUUGCACAUUAAAGAAGAUCAAACUGAAUAUUUAGAAGAAUCAAAGAUCAAGUCUAUUGUCACUAAACAUUCUCAAUUUAUUGGAUAUCCAAUCAAGUUGGUCGUUGAAAAAGAACGCGAAAAGGAAGUAAGCGACGACGAAGCUGAACCUGAGGAACCAAAAGAAGAAAAGAAAGAAGGUGAUGAGCCUAAAAUCGAAGAUGUUGGUGAUGACGAGGAUGCUGAUAAGAGCGCUGACAAAAAGAAAAAAACCGUUAAAGUUAAGUACACAGAAGAUGAAGAACUUAACAAAACUAAGCCAAUUUGGACACGUAAUCCAGAUGAUAUCACUACUGAAGAAUAUGGUGAAUUUUACAAGAGCUUGACAAACGACUGGGAAGAUCAUUUAGCUGUUAAGCAUUUCAGCGUUGAAGGACAACUUGAAUUCCGUGCAUUGCUUUUUGUUCCUCGUCGUAUCCCAUUCGAUUUAUUCGAAGCUAAAAAGAAGAAGAAUAACAUUAAAUUGUAUGUUCGUCGUGUCUUUAUUAUGGACAAUUGUGAAGAUCUCAUUCCUGAUUAUUUGAACUUUAUGAAGGGUGUCGUUGAUUCUGAAGAUUUACCAUUAAACAUUUCUCGUGAAAUGUUGCAACAAAACAAGAUUUUAAAAGUUAUUCGUAAGAAUCUUGUCAAGAAAUGUUUAGAAUUGUUCGAAGAACUCAUUGAAGACAAAGAAGGUUUUAAGAAAUUCUAUGCUCAAUUUAGCAAGAACUUGAAAUUGGGUGUUCAUGAAGACUCUACAAACCGUGCUAAAUUGGCUGAUUUAUUGAGAUUCCAAACAUCUGCAAGCGGUGACGAAAUGUGCUCAUUAGGCGAAUAUGUUUCACGCAUGAAGGAAAACCAAAAAUCAAUCUAUUUCAUUACUGGCGAAAGUAAGGAACAAGUCAGCAACUCUGCUUUCGUUGAACGUGUCAAGAAACGUGGAUAUGAAGUUGUUUACAUGACUGAACCAAUUGAUGAAUAUGUCAUUCAACAAUUGAAAGAAUAUCAAGGCAAGCAACUUGUUUGUGUCACAAAGGAAGGCUUAGAAUUGCCAGAAGACGACGAAGAAAAGAAGAAGCGCGAAGAGGACAAAACCAAGUUUGAAAAUCUCUGCAAAGUAAUGAAAUCAGUCUUGGACAGCAAAGUUGAAAAAGUUAUUGUUUCAAAUCGUCUAGUCGAAUCUCCAUGUUGUAUUGUUACAUCUCAAUAUGGAUGGUCUGCAAAUAUGGAACGUAUUAUGAAGGCACAAGCAUUGCGUGAUACAACCACAAUGGGUUAUAUGGCUGGAAAGAAACAUCUUGAAAUUAAUCCAGACCAUUCAAUCAUUGAAACUUUACGUCAAAAGGCUGAAGCUGACAAGAAUGAUAAGGCUGUUAAAGAUUUGUGCAUUUUACUCUACGAGACAUCUUUAUUGAGCUCUGGAUUCUCAUUGGAUGAACCACAAGUUCAUGCUGCUCGCAUUUAUCGCAUGAUUAAACUUGGAUUGGGUAUCGAUGAAGAUGAUACAAUGACUGUUGAGGAAACACCUGCUGCCACAUCGUCGGAUAUGCCACUUUUAGUCGAAGACACCGAAGAUGCUUCUCAUAUGGAAGAAGUUGAUUAAAUCAAUCGAUCAACAGAAUUUGACAUACAAACAUGAGUAACUUUAAAUUCCUUAAUUCACUUAAAUUUCAUAAGCGCUUUUUCCAUUUUGUUUUUGCUUUAAACCAAAUUCUUUAAGAUAUUAAUUAUAAUUACUACUUUUGUUUUCCUAAAUUCUCAUAUCAUGAAGUCAUAUUAUUGAAUAAUUUAUGAUUUUUUGUACAACUCAUCAAAGAAUGAAACAUAGCUAUAAGUUUUGGUUAGAAAUACUGAAAAAGGAGAAUAAAAAUCGAAAAACUAAAGAUGUUAUAGAUUCAUCAUA